AUGAACUUUUGGAAGUCAUACCCACGUAUCGUGGGCGAGACAGGUGGAAAGAACUUCCAUCUCAUCCACCCAUCUGCGGAUGUGAGGAAUGCUGCACUCAAAUCUAUUCGUGCAGCAUUCGAGUACCAGGGACAGAAGUGCAGCGCCUUAUCCCGCGUCUACUUGCCCGCAUCGCUAGCCGAAUCCUUCAAGGAGAUCCUUAUCCGCGAAACCGAAGCUCUCACCAUAGGCGACAAGUUUACAGACUUUAUGGGACCUGUUAUUAGCCAGUCUGCCUUUGAUCGCGUCUCAAAAUAUAUCCAGGACGCCAAGAACACUUCACACAUCAAGGUCCUUGCUGGGGGCACAUACGAUGACUCAACCGGCUACUACAUUCGACCAACAGUGGUCGAGUCGUUCGACCCCAAAUCCCGCUUCAUGACCGAGGAGAUCUUUGGGCCUUUCCUGUGUCUGUAUGUGUACGACGAUAUCGACUUUGGUCCUAAGAUCUUUGAGCUCAUCGACGAAACCACCGAAUAUGCACUCUCGGGUGCCGUCUUUGCCAAGGACCGUCAAGCUAUCGUUGAAGCCACUGAGGGGCUUCGAUUUGCGGCUGGUAACUUUUAUGUCAACGACCAGUGCACAGGCGCGAUGCCAGGCCACCAGCCAUUUGGGGGUUCCAGAGCUAGUGGCACCAAUGAUAAGGCCGGUUCUUUGGGUUUGUUGACAAGAUUUGUGUCUUCCAGGACAAUCAAAGAAGGCUUUGCCACCAUUGAUUCGGUGUUGUAUCCAUCAAAUCAGGAGUAG